AUGAGUGCUGGUGUUAACGAAGCUGGAGUUGUUCCAAUAAAACAGAGAGAAGGGAAGACUGUACGAAACGAAUUACAUCCAGAUGAAUUGGUAAAAAGUAUUACCAAACGAAUACCCCGAUCGUUGCCAUAUUAUGAUAACACUGACGUAGAUGUUGAAGAACAGGAUCCUAUAGUAGAGGAAUUGAUGAAAUUGAGGCCUCACGGGCUGCAAUUCAAGAUAUCACGCAAGUAUGAUGAAGAGAUUGUGAAUUACUCAGCCAAGAUGCAGGAGUUGUUAUAUCUUUUGUUAGAAGAGAAGGAUGUUGACGAUUCUCAGCGAAUUGAAAUAGAAGCAUCCUUGUCCAAACUAAUAUCCUACGUACCAAUAACCAAGGACGAAGUUUUGGAGGAACCUUUGAACAUUGAACCUGAACUAAGUUACAAGAAUAGACAGAGUAUACCUAAACCCAGAAAUACGGCAAAUAGAUUCCCCAAUGGUUACUUGUGCAAGAUUCUAAUUGAUAACUAUGAUGCUUUGGUCAAAUUGUCCUCGUCAUACUUCAAUUUGUCGUUGAGCUCUACUGUGACAAAGUACAUUGUUGAGUUAAUAUAUCAAUUGCAUUAUUGGGAAGUAGUUCAUCUUGCAUAUCUUAAUCCAGCAAUACAUAACUUUCUACAGUUGAUAGGAUUUGAAGUCAUUAACACAUCAUUUGGGUUAAUUAUUAGACCGCCCGAAAACUAUCUUGAUGAUAAAAUGUUACAAGGUUUGCAGUACCCAUAUCCAUAUCCAUUUUAUAAUUACAGUUACCAUUCAUUUGAUCCCAGAGUUGAGGAACAGAAAUUGAAAAGAGUGAAAAUUACACCCUAUAUUGAUAUAACGUUAAAGAACGUCAAGGUUGCUCCACCAAAGAAGAAAAGGGGCAGAAAAUCCAAAAAAGUUAUAGAACAAGAGGCUAGAGAAUUGGCUUUGAAAGAGUUGGAAAAUGAAUAUGAACUGAGGAAAAUUAAAGAGCUGUUGCCUCUUGAUGUUAGCAUAGGCGAUAAUGUGACUGAAGAAUUGGUAGAUCAAGUAGACUUUGAGGAUAAACGAGAUAAUAGUCGCACAAUGAGCGAUAUUGAUAAUUCAGAGCAGGAAAGAGAAGAUAAGGAAGGAAAUAGGUCAAGAGAACCGGGUAAACUUGAUGAAUCUUGCAUUGUGAAUGAGGAGCAGAGUGGAUAUGAACGAAGAACAGCAGGAGAAGUGGAAACGGAAACGAUACCUGCAACGAGCAAGUCGUCACUAUCAUCGUCGUCAUCAUCAUCAUCGGCUACACAACCACCUGUAUAUAACUUACCUCUUCAUAAUCAAAAUGUUCAACCAUUGUCACAACUACUCACUACUGUACAUUCUCAUGGUACGGAAACUACGAACACGGUGACACAACAACACCAAGUUCAAGCAACACCACCACCACAUCCUUCUUCUCAAGGAUACUCAUCACUGUCGUAUUUAGCAUCACAGUUUCCAGCUUAUUCCUAUCAACAGAUUCCACCGCCAAUGCAACAGCUGCAACAAUAUCCUGUUUAUCAAGCACCCCUGUACUCAGGGCAAAUUGCAUCAUCAAGUCUGGGAGAGAUACCUUCAUGUCAGGAUCAACAACAACAACAAGAGCAACAACAACAACAACAGCAGCAGCAACAGCAGCAGCAACAACAACAGCAGCAGCAACAGCAGCAGCAACAACAACAGCAACAACAACAGCAGCAGCAGCAACAACAACAGCAACAACAACAGCAGCAGCAGCAACAGCAGCAGCAACAAGAACAACAAGAACAACAGGAGCAGCAGCAGCAACAAGAACAAGAACAACAAGAACAGCAUCAGCAUCAGCAAGAACAACAACAAAUGCAGCAAUCAUUUUCCUUUUCUCCAAGUGCUCAGGGACAUGAAAACUUUGAUUCAGUUCCAAUAAAUUCCACAAUUGGAACUUCUUUUGAAAAUACAUAUGUUACAUUUCCUGAUCGUUCACUGGGAUUUGUAAACAUCAAGUUUGACAAAAAUCAUCCAGAUUAUGGCAAUCCGGAAGAAGAAGUCAAAAGAUUGGCACGAACAGGAACGAUUCAUCAAUGUCAUUUAACUGAUCCAGCCAGUCAUGGAAAGUGUUUGAAAAUAUUUUAUGGUAAAAAUGAGCUUUUACGUCACCAGGAGUUUGUUCAUGCAACAAGGAAGAAAAUUUACAAAUGCAUAUAUUGUGAGAGGAACGGAUCAAGAGUUCAAAGUUAUCCUCGACACGAUUCUUUAGCUCGACAUAUACGAAGAAAACACGGAAUUACCGGAAAGGAGAACAAAAUGGCGGUAAACUAUGCAAAAGACAACGUCGAGGUGAUUGAUGAAGAUAGGGAUUUUGCCUCGCGUGUGAUUGGAUCCUCUAAAAACACGGAUAAUCCCAAUCAAAACGAUUUGCAACCAGGUGAGAUUCCAAUAGCAGAAGUGCGUAGAAUGCUAUCGAAAGUGAAAACACCUAUCAAUAAGCAUAUACCAGGUGUGCUGAAACCAGAGGCUGCGCUGUUGCAAAGAGGUUAUUUAAAUGAACAUGAUAUGAUGAAUACAACGCAAGCAUCUGCAUUAACACUUGAAUCAGAAACAGCUCCAGCACAAACAUUUGCAUCAGAAACAGCACCAGCUCUGGCAUCAGCACCAGCACCAGCACCAGUACCAGCACCAGUACCAGCUCCAGUACCAGCUCCAGCUCCAGCUCCAGCUCCAGCACCAGCACCAGCACCAGCUCCAUCACUAGAAAUAUUACUAGCACCUGCACUUUCAUUCGUACCUGCACAGGAAGUAGCACCGAAAACAAUAGUAACGUCUGCGCCAGCACGAGAAGCGGCAACAACAACGGCAACAACAACAGCUCUUGUCACAGCAUCCUCUCUGUCUCCGCCUUCUAUGCUGGCUAUUGUUGGGGCUACCGCUUCUGCUCCUCCAUCGCUUUUACCUCCCACCCCGCCACCACCGCCACCUCCUGCUUCUGUUCCUGCUCCUGUUCCAUCUUCGUCACCUACCUUACAGCCGCAUCUGCUUUCACCACAACCACAUCCUCCUCUACAUCCUCCACGAACAUCAUCCGAAAUUUCAUCAAUGACAUUCCAAGAGAAUCCAACACUAUCUGCUUUUGAAAGAUUUAAAAGGGAUCCGCGAUACAGAACAGUUUCUGAUUUUCAUGGGACCAACAAUGGGAACGGCACGAUUUGGUAA